AUGGCCACCGCAACUUCAUCGCCGCCAUUCGACCCUAAUGAGAUCAGUCAUAGCUAUGCCAUCUUUAUCGGAGUCGGUGGGAUGAUGACUUUCCUUUCGACCAUCAGCGUGAUCUUGAGAUUCGUUUCUCGAAGCUUGACUCGAUCCUACGGAUGGGAUGAUUGGGCAAUAGUUAGCGCGCUGGUUUUUGCCUACGGCUUCCUGUUCACCACCAUCAUUGUGGCAACAGUUGGGAAAGCUGGCCACCAUCUCGUCCAACUGUCUCCCAUAGAGCUUGAACGAUACUUGCAGAUCGCGUUAGCGAAUAACGUCAUUUACAAUUGCAGUAUAACUUCGUCAAAAGUCUCCAUACUGCUCUUCUAUCGCCGAGUUUUUGCAAUUCCAGCUUUUCAGCUAGCAACGAAGAUCGUUGGAGCUUUGGUCUUUGGAUACUUCGUUUCUGCAGUAUGUGGCCUUAUCUUCGCCUACAACCCUAUCCAGUCUCAAUGGAAGUUCUGGCUGCCUCAUACGACUAUCGACAAUAAAACGUUCUGGCUGGCAAUGGGCAUAAUAAAUAUCUUCUUGGACGUGGUCAUCCUCUGUUUACCGCAGACUCGUGUAUGGAAACUCCAGAUGACAAGAUAUCGCAAGCUAUUGCUUUCGCUUCUUUUCUUGAUGGGUGGCUUAAAAAUACUCAUUUAUUAUACAGUUACUUUGACGGUCCCAGGCAUUUGGACACUGGCUGAAACAAAUACCUCCAUCAUUUGCAGCUGUUUGCCCACAUUUCCGAACUUGUUUCGACACUGGUUCGGUGACAAAAAGCCGAGUGGAAGUGGUUCUACGACUGCUGUCUCUAGUGGGCAGUACUUCCGAUCGUUUCGGAAAAACCAAAGUCAGGGCUACACAGACCUUGUUGGGACAUCGACAUCGACUACUUUACGAAAUGACAUCGAAUUGACUCGUGCCAGCCACGAUUUGAUACCAAAGGCACCGCCUGCUAUUCAUGUUCAGAGAGACUUCUUGGCAGAUUACUAG